AUGAGUGGAAGUUUUCGUUUGUCGUCAUCAGAAAGAAUUGAAGUUGUGAAAUGGUAUGCCAUUUAUCAAAAUGCAGCUGAAUUUGCUCGUCAAUUUCCACACCGAUUUGAUCGUGACCCUCCAACGCGAAAAGUCAUUCUAGAUCUUGUACGAAAAUUCGAUAAAACUGGAAGCGUCGAGGAUGUCGCUAGGCCUGGUCGAUCCAGAUCUGUUACCACUGACAUGAGCAGAGAACGUGUUCGACUCAAUUUUCAACAAAAUCCUGAAAGCUCAACAAGAAGAGCUGCCGUAGAAUUGAAUUUAUCUCGAACUAGUCUUCGACGAAUGAUGAAGUAA